UGCACUGUCCACUCACCUGCUUGAAAUAGGGUUUUCCAAACUCAGCAGCCAGUGCAUUUUUCCAGCUUUCUCCAAACCCAGGGGGGGGUGCGACCGGAAGACAGUUUCUCCAGUGCUGCCUUCUUGUUACGGGUGAUGGUGUCCAGCUGCUCCUGAGAUAGGGGCGACGGUGACGAGCUGCAGGGCUCCUGCUCGACCUCCGAGGACUUCCUCUUUCGCUGCAUGAUUUUAGUAAAUUGUGCAUAAGGAAGAGCAGGUGAGAAGUGAGCUGCUGGGGAUGAUACUAGCUGACUAAACUGUCGACAGCGCAUACUAAGCAUUGUCAUGCUCUGUAUUUAACAAUCCCAAACAGACAUGUGGUUUUGAAUGCAGCUUGGUUGUCGCUCAUACUUGUAGGAAACGGCUAAAGGAAGUUCCAACAAGCACACGGCUGGUGCUAGUUAACUAUAAACAACCUUAUAUGUUAUCAUAAACCUGCUGAAUGUUGGCUAGCGAAGCAUACUCAACAUAUUAAUUUAACUUAAUGACACUCACCGAGUCGUUCGCAUUCUGCUCCAUUUCAUUUCGAUCUUUACAAACCCUCUUUUUGGAGACCGGUGAAAAGAAUGAAUUAAUAGUUUUCUGUCCAAUCAUUUUGUGGCUUCUCUGGUAAGUGUCCGGUUAUAAAAAGCACUGUACACUAUGUGAAAAUGAACUAGCAGCAGUCCCCUGCACGCCAAAACAAGUUCGCGCCAACAGAGAAGUGACGUAUGAGUGCUAUGCAAAUGAGCUGUGAGGCGUUCAUAGCCUACCCUGUUCCCUGGUGUUUCUUAACUUCUCCUUUGGUCAUCUUGUUUUAGGCAUUUUUGUUGGACUAAAAUAAAAUGUGUGCAUGUUAAUGGAACACUUAAUGGACAUUGGUGACUUAGUUAGUUUUAAAUGUAUUGGUGAAAUAUAAAUCAAUCAGCUAAAUUGGGUACAGUACAGUAUUAGCAUUUUGGGCUGGUGGAUUGCAACCAGGAAGAGACAGAAGCAGGAGACGGAAAUAGAGAAUUAAGCUAUUUACUGAAAAGUGAAUUAAACUGAAACAGACAAGAACUGUUUGCUGGAUGCAGUGAGAGUGGUUUUAAAUGUCAUAAAAAAUCCGUAGGGUUAUGUGUCAAAAACAUCAAGUGGUAGACUAAAUUCACAUGCCUAUUCAGAGGAUCCUACGUGUUCUCCAUGAAGAUACAGGCCAGAAAGCCAAAAUGUUAACACAAAACACGUUUUUAAUUAAUUUAAUUUUUACCAGCAAUCAAAAUGCAUAUAAAUUUGGUCGUGUUGUUAAUACACUGUGUGAGUCCAAGUGUAUUUUUAAUGACAAAACAUCCUUGUUAGCAUCCUAUUAGCUUGUCACUUCAUGGCAUUCCUGUACUGCCAUGAGUUUUUUUUUAAUUUAGUUCUCACCUCAAUAUCCCAAAAUGGGCCAAAGAAAGUUGCAAGUGCCAGCAUUUGACAAAUAAGUUGAGAAUUCAAGAAAUAACUACAGAAAGGUGGUGUGUGUGUCUUGCUGCCACAUUGCAUCUUUGAGAACAGUCAUGUCUUAAACGAAAGUAAAAGUAACCUUUAAUGAUCAUUUAUCCCAUUUUGUCAUUUAUAUGCAUUCACAAUUGUUUCAUGCAUGUAAAAUUCUAAUUGUAGAACUAUUAAAAACAUGUUAACAUUGAGAGUCAACCGCUGAUGACAUCAUAGACGGGCGACGCAGCUGACUCUCGGCUCCUGUUUCAAUGUAAUAGCAAGCUAAUAGGAUGCUAGCAACGUGUUUUGUCAUUUAAAAAUACAUUAAGAACACAGUUGGACAAAACACGCUAUAUAAUGCACGAUAACGUAUGCAAACCAAGUCAAAUGUAUGGCGAAAUGUUUUAAUGACAACCAAAAAACACACUAACCGGAGCAGAUGCUAACUGAGGUUCCAAAAUCCUCUACUGCUCAAUGUUGUUUGUCAUCAUUCCCUGCAUCUACAGGUCUGGGAAAUAAAAGCUUUUUCAUGAAAUGAAAAAGUUUAUGAGUAAACGAUCAUGCAGUAAUGAUGCCCAAACAAGUCCAAGAAAGAAGAUUAAACCAGAUGAACUGGAGCAAAUGGUGGUUGCUGAGGAAGAUGAGUUCUCUGAUCCAGUUCCCUGGCAAAAAAUCGAGUCAGAAGACCUGGACUGUGACUACGCCUUGCUCUUCACCAAGGAGGAAGCAGACCAUCUUUUUGUAAAACUGGAAGAGGAAGUGGUAUAUUCAACAGGGGAAGAAGCAAAGGUGCGGGUGUUUGGGAAGGUGCACAAUAUACCAAGGAAGCAGGCUACAUAUGGCGAUAUUGGACUAACUUACACUUAUUCUGGAGUGACACGCUUAGCCUGCGCAUGGACUCCCACUCUGCAAUAUAUCCGUGAUGCUGUCACGAAAACAACAGGACAUACAUUCAAUUUUGUCCUGGUCAACAGGUACAAAGAUGGGCAGGAUCACAUGGGUGAACAUCGUGACGACGAGAAGGAGCUCAACCCUCUCUGUCCCAUAGCCUCAGUCUCUCUUGGGGCCGCACGAGAGUUCGUCUUCCGGCACAGGGAUGCUCGUGGGAAACAGAGCUCUCGGCACAUUGAGCCCGUCAAGAUGGUGCUGGCUCAUGGAAGCCUGCUCCUAAUGAACUCACCCACAAACACUUUUUGGUAUCACAGCCUCCCUGUUCGAAAGAGGGUCCUCCUGCCUCGCAUUAACCUCACAUUUAGAAGCAUACUGCCCACCAGCCAAAAAUGAACCACUGACCUCUCUGCACCAAAUUCAGCUGUUUAUUAUAAACUACUUGCACAUAUGCAAAUAUGUAGCUUGCCAAAAAUAAAACAUUGACUUUUAUCCUUUUUAAUGGUCGAUUUAGAGAUUGCACACAAACAUGACAUCACAUGAACAUACUGUACAAUAGUGCAAAUUGCAAACAUUAACAGGCUUUUGCGCCACCUACUUCCUUCUCAGCUGGUUUGGAAGGAGGAAAAUGGCAGUUACUAGUAAAUGCAGCUAAACCACCUCUCGUGAUGUAAUGAUAAAUCGUGACAUCAACAAAGCCAUUCAACGUCCAUGUUGGAGCACAUUGCCACUUUUACAUUAGCACACAGGGCUUCAUGUGGUAACAAUCUUGACUGACAAAAUGGCACUUUGUGCAACUACAGUAUGCACAUCUUGAAAGUAAUCCUGUGUUUCAAUAAUUAUAGAUGAUUAUGCAUAUGUAUCUAUGUAUAUUAUGCAUAAUUUCCAAAAUAUGUAUACAUAGAUUGCUGGGAAUGCUUAGAAACUGUGACGUCUCCCAUUCCAAAUCAUCUAAUUCUUCUCUAUGUCCUCAUCAUUGACAAAAUAAUUGUACCAGCUCGCAAUUCAAAUAGUUUCUUACAAUGUCAAGAGUUAAUGCUUCACACAAAAAAGAUGAAGAGAUGUUAUCCAGGAGGAACCUUGUCCCUUGCAGAUCAAAUACAACAGAGUAAGUAAGUCCAUAUUCUUUGGGGGAUUGUUCUGGAUGAGAGCAGCAACAUCUCAUCAUGACUUCCGGUGCUUGAUAUGAUCCAUUCAUGUAAUAAAUUGCUGUCAAAUGACUUCACUCUUUCUGGUGUCAAAUUGCCAUUGUCCAUGUAGUAAUGGGCAUAUCCAGUUGUGACAGUACGGAAAGGCAGCGAUACACUGAGCUCUCACCCCUCUGGAUGCAAGGCGGUGCUCUGCCUGCGGACUCUCUCAUAGAAGAGCAUGUAAGCGUUAGAGGACAGAACCUCGUGGAGGCUGGCUUUGCGAACGGAGUCGUCGGACACCCAGAGCCACCGGGAGAUGUAGGGUGAGGAACUGUGUGGCAGAGAGGGGCUGCGGCGGUACGUUACAAAAUGUCCAGAGUGCAUGUCGCCGUGGUGAACCAGCACGGCCGUGAGCUGGAAGAGAUACUCUGUGGAACUGGUGGAAAGGAGGUAAAAAAAAAAAUAAAAUAAAUGCAUUCUGUGGUGGUGUGAACAUAUUUGCUUAAUCCUGUAGAUCGGGGGGGUUCAAAGUGUUAGGCAGGCCACCCCUUAGAAGGCACAGCAAUUCGAGAAAAAAAGAAAAACGUUUUCAAACCUGCUAAGCUAACAUGAGUUAUGUCUGAAGUAAAAUUUAUUGAUUUUUACUUCCUACAGUAAGAGAGUAGAGUCUGGUUUGGGUAGCCCCAUCCAAAUUAUAUUCUCUCUAAGG